AUGAUCCACGCCUUGUCUGCGCACUGGAUAGAUAUUCAGACUGCCGAUACACCCAAGACAGUCAUCAAUGUGUCUUCGACGUCUGGACUGCACGGCCAAAUGGGUCAGAUUAGCUAUUCGACAGCGAAGUCGGGGAUUUUGGGACUCACCAAGACCGUCGUGGCGGAAUACACUGUCCGCUGCAGCGCCGUCGCUUAUGGCUGGAUGGAUACGCGGUUGACCAAGCCGCCCACAGAGGAGAAGGUAAUGCUUGCUGAGCAGAACAUCGUCACGGGUAUCCCUGCGAACGCGCGCAAGUUUAGGGAUACAUCGGAUAUCCCUCUUGGGCGGCCGGAUACUGUCGACGGUGCGGCCAAUGUUACGCUGUGUUUAGCUGGUCCGGUGUCAUUCUAUGUCACGGCGACUUAUAUUGAAUGCACCAAAGGUAAAUAUAUGUAG